AUGGUCCUUAAGCCAAAUGAAAAGUAUGAUAUUGACACUGAUAGAUUCCUGUCAGUAGCAUCCUGUAUUAUAAAAGAUCGUCUUUAUUUCUUAUCGUGUAAAACGCCACCAAGAAGCACUUCUGCGAUUCAUUUCUUUUCAACAGAUGAUGAACUGUGCUAUGAAAACUUUUAUACCGAUUUUGGACCGUUAAGUCUUGGCCAAUUGUAUAAGUAUUGCAAUAAGUUGAACAAAAAGCUCAAGUCAGCCAAUUUGAACGAGAAACGGAUUGCACACUUUACAUCUUAUGAUGCGCGUAAACGCGCCAAUGCUGCCUUUCUUAUCGGAAGUUAUCAAGUCAUAUACUUAUCACGGACACCAGAGGAAGCGUAUAAACACUUAACACUGAAUGACAAUCGACCAUUCCUACCAUUUCGUGACGCUUCAUUUGGCGCAUCCACCUACCAUUUAACACUGUUGGACUGUUUAUUUGCUGUGAGUAAGGCUUUACUCAAUAAAUUUUUUGAUUUCGAAACAUUCAAUGUAGAAGAGUAUGAACAUUUUGAAAAGGUAGAAAAUGGUGAUCUUACUUGGAUACUACCGAAUAAAUUCAUUGCAUUUUGUGGACCACAUUCCCAGAGUAAAUUAGAAAAUGGCUACCCUCUACACUGUCCAGAAGCCUAUGUUCCAUAUUUUCGUAAAAUGAAUGUGAGCACUAUAAUUCGUCUGAAUAAAAAGCUCUAUGAUGCUCGACGUUUCACUAGCGCUGGAUUUGCGCAUUAUGAUUUAUUUUUCACUGAUGGCAGUUGUCCAUCUGAUCAAAUACUGGAUAAAUUUUUAGAGAUAUGUGAAACUGUUCCCGGAGCAAUUGCAGUACACUGUAAAGCUGGUCUCGGACGUACUGGUACACUGAUCGCUUGUUAUCUGAUGAAGCAUUAUAAGUUGACAUCACGUGAGGUGAUUGGUUGGAUACGUAUCUGCCGCCCUGGCUCAAUUAUCGGACCACAACAGCACUGGUUAGACUUGAAACAACCUUUUUGUUGGCAAAGUGGUGAAAAAUUCAGAGAGAAACAACGACAACUGGCAUCGAGUACAAAUCAUUUUGAACCGCAUACUACUACUACUACUAUUAUCAGUAGUAGCAUUAGUGAUGGUGGAAGUUAUAAUCUAUAUGAUUCUAUUAAAAAAGGAAAUGCGCUGUUUUCAUACAGUGGUGCUGGUGGUGGUGGUGACUCUUCUUCUUCUACUACUACUACUGCUCCGCAUAACAAUGAUUCCGUAAUGUCCACAUAUUCAGAAAGCAGUCUUUCAUUGAAGAAUACCGACGCUAAUCCAGUCCCAAGAUCUACUGAUGCUUCAGGUGAUCUUGCUACUAUGCACCAUAGUAGUGUCAUUUCGUCGACAUCUCCUGAUGCCUUAUUUAAUAUUAAUAAAUGUUCUGUUGAUGAUUACUCGAAUCCACAACACAAUCAUGUGUCAUUUGCUGUCGACAGUGUUACCAAUACCAAUAGUAAUUCAAUUAGCAGUGACGCUAAAACUGAUUCAACAACUUUAGUGAAUGAUGAUGACUCUACGACUACAAAUAGCAGUGAUAAUAGUAGUAGUGCUAGUAUCACUGAAUCAUCCCUCAAUAACACUCUCACCAGUACAAAUGGCAGGUCAACUACUCAUGCUGGUUACAGUAUAAUUGUACAAAAUGUCAAUAGUGUACAACCGUCGACGAAAGAAGAUACACAACUGAGUACGUCUGAACCGAAGACAGAUUCAUCUGUGUCAAAAUCUAGUUCAGAUGUCUCCUCUAAGUAUAUAAAUCGUGAAGUUAUAAUCAAUUCUAGUGUGGUAAAUAAACAAAAAUUGAAGAAUCCAUCUGGUAAAUCGAAUUCAAAGACACGUCUCACUCAAGGUGAUCAGUUGAAUAGAAUUAAGGCAAUGCGACGUCAAACUCAUCAACGUACAACGGAUCACCAUCAUCAUCAUCAACAUCCUCAUCAUAAUAGUAGUACUCCAAACUAUAACAAAAUAACUUGUAGUUAUAAUAAUUUAAUUGAUAAAAUGAAUCGUGCAUCCAGUGGUCCAAUAGUCUGUAAUGAUGACCAGUCAAUGUAUCGUAUGAUAUCGUCAUGUACUUCAUCACUGACCAAUAUCCAAGAUGUUAUAAUGCCUCAGUCGAAAUUAAUCCAAUCAUCUAGUGCUGACAAUUUCAAUAUUAACUUUGUCUAUCCAAAUACUAAAGAUGAUGAACAACUUGAAAGUGCCUCUCCUGUAGAUGGUAGUCAUGAUUCAUUAAGAUUGAAAUCUUUACACCCUAAAUUAACAUCUCCAACACCUGUUGGUCAUUUACGGCUUUCACGACAUUCUAAUCGGCGGUCAACAAGUCGGAAUAUCGGUUCGAUUACAGUCAAAGUGAGAAAUAAGUUUGGAGUUAAACGUACAAAACCUACUGUCACUGUCUUCUCUGAUAACAUCAAUGAUGACAAUAAUAAUAAUAAUAAUAAUGGAGGAGGAGGGGAAGCAGGAGGCGGGGGCUUGAGUGAAGUGAAUGACAAGUCGCCGGCUAACUCAUCAUCAUCAUUACUAUCACCGUACAGAACUGGUCCACCAAUCACAAUAAACAAUAUCUCCACGUCUAUGAUAAUGAUGCAAAGUAAUAAUAAUGCACCACUGCCAAUGAAAUCUACAUUAGUGAAGAGGAAAAGUUCUCUAGGUAGUGUUGCACCUUGUGGUGUAUUCACUGCUGCCGGUUACAAUACACAGGGCAACAAUACUCAUAACAAUGAUGUAAAUAACAAUAAUAAUAAUAAUAAUAAUAGUAACAGCUCAGGAAAUGCAUAUUUGCUGAAUAACAACACCGUGAAUAACAGAUUAAGUGCACUGUACACCUCAAAAUGGCUUCCACCAUCGUCGUCUACAGUAUCACCGAGUAGUCGAAAUGGCUUCAGUGAAUUUUUAAAUUCAGUCAUUGUUGAUUAUGGUGAGAAGGGUACUACCCAGAACACUACUACUACGAGUACCAGUAAUACCGGUAUUAGCUGUAAUAAUAAUAAUGAUAAUAACAAUAGUAUUGGUAUUAAACAUAACACUUCUACGUACAAUUUACGCCGACACGCUCAUCUGGAACGCCAACAACUCUAUGCCCAAAAACCACCUGAACUGAUAAGACAGAAGCCACAAACGCAUUCGUAUAAACCGAAGACAGUGAAAGUCUUGCCACCGGAUAGAACACAGCAAAUCUAUUCACCACAGUGUACUCCAGUUCCUCUGUCGUCUUCCUCUAAUUGUAAUAAUACAAUGAAAUGUUCAGAAACGAAGACAGUUCGUCUGCCUAUGACACAGUUGAACUAUCAAGAACCUUUAUUCACUCGCAGUAACUUAUCAAACGAAAUCAACAAGUUUUCUUCACCUACAAACUCGAAUUUUGCAAAUUACAGGGAACCAUAUUUUACACGAUCAGUUCAUGCUCAAGCAUUGCAUAAUUCUAUAACAGAUUUCUCUGAUGUAUUACCUCGACCACAGUCAUCUGAUUAUUGUAGUACGCCUCCAUCGUAUAUAUCAUUACCGUCAACAUCUCAAAAUGCCUAUACAAUAGCAACAACAACAACGCGUUAUAAUACUUCAUGCUCAAAUCAGUCAUCAUUACAACAAGAUGACAACGAUGGUUCUGAGGAUGUUGAAUCGUCAAAAUCAAAUCAACCGAUUGGUCUGUCUUCGACUUCACUUCCGUCAAGAUUUCGUUUCCGUCAUUUGAAUGAAGCCAGUACACCGACGACGAAUGAUCAAAACCAGAUUAAUAUUAUAAAACGUAAACGUAUUCGUGUGAGUUAG